UUAGUUCUUGUGUACUCGUAUAUCGGUUUGGUUUCCACAUAAAGAGAAAUCAAAUUCACUGUCGCUCGUUUGCCUCCUUUCUCCAUUUUUAGUUGUCCAUUACAGCGAUUCCGCCGCUUUACACAGCUCUAUGCCACAAAGGUGUACCGACGAUACCGCAAUUACCAAUUUACCACCUAGUUCUUGAAUCAGUUUUGGUAAAGACAAAAUGUAUUCGCGAGGAAACCGAGGCAGAGGUCGGGGUGGCCGUGGCUAUUCCGGUGGUCCCGGUUGGCGGAAUGCGCAGUCUGACAGUGACGGCGAUGGCGCAUUCAGCAUCCAUCCACGUUCUAAGUUCCAGCGAAUGGGCAUUAGUACGAACAGUAUCCAACUGGAAGAAGUAGGAUUUUACUCACUGUACGGAGAUACAGAAGAGGAAUUGGUUAUCCGAUCUGAUAGAAGCAAAUUGCGCGCAAUGACGGUCCGGUGCGAUGCUGACGCUCCAACGCCGGUGCACUUCAAUCUGGAUGCUGGAUUCAAUACUGCCAGAAAGGGACGAUAUGUCGUUUUCAACCGGGAGAUGCGCAUCCUUUAUCAGUGGCUGGAGGAACAUGCCGAUGAUGAUCGAAUUAGACGCUUGAGGCACGAUACUAAAAUUCUGGUCAGCAAAUCGCUGUUGUCGGAGCUGAUCAAAAUCCCAUACGGUCAAGAUGCCAGUAAUGCUACUGGUUACAUUUUCGGAGCGGCUAAAAUUGGAGGGAAAGUCAUUUUGGGUAAAAUUCAGCGCCCGGAUAUAGAUAUCACAGCCUUGAAGUCUCCGGAUCACGUACGAAACCUGGAAGAUGAUCGCGGAGCGUACCGGGGACGACGAUACGAAGUUUACAUGACGGCAUUAGGAGAUGGAGCCGAUUCGGAUGAUAUUGGAGUGGAUUUACCACGUUAUCGCAGUGUAAUGAAACUUCGUUUCCGGGAUAUUGAUAUGCUUAUCGAAAGUGCAAUAGAUGGAAUUGAUCCGAAUUCGUCUGCACCUGGCCCAGGAAAAUAUGUGGACUUCACUAUCAUGUUGGCAAAUGUCCUGGAAAACGAGAUGAAACUGUACAGGCAGCGAUUGUUUCGCUGGUGGACAAACAACAUUUUUAUCGGUGUGGGCAAUGUUCACGUUGGCGUCCACGAGGAUGGGGUAGUGAACGAAGUUUACACAUAUCAUAUGAAUGAUAUUCCGCAGCUUGUUAAGGAAAAGGAAGAGGAGUUGGGUCGUCCAUUGUGGAAUGCUGAAACAUCGCUGGGAUUCACCUAUAGUUUACUUAAAUUCGUGCUGAAUUCAGUCGUGGAAGAUUGCAGAAGCUUCGUGUAUGAAAUCACUUCGUGCAAGGAAACUGGGAAGUUCAGCUGUACAGCCGUGCCAACUGAGUCCGCUGUUGGACAUGUGUACAUUCCAGAUAACUUAAACACUUUUAUCUUUUGAUGCAUGCGGGCAUGUGGUCGUUAUGAUUCACCACGAUUUGCGAAGUGUGAAGCUAAGCAUACUGUACGCGAAAGUUGGUGUUCCCCAUCCCAGAUGACCUUGUUUGAUUGUUUAUGCUUAUAAUGCAGUCACAUUCCACACAUUUCCAAAGCCUUUUUUUUCUAAUUUUUCUGUUUAUGAAGUGUUCCAAUUUUUUAUAGUAAUGUUUUGUAUGUUCCUGAAUUUUCCAAACCAUAUAUUGGCCAGUGUACAAUAAAAUUAAAUAGUG